AGAACGACGUUGCUUGAGUGCAUUUUUGGUGGCAAUGUUUGUGUAAGUGCCAAAUCGAUUGACAGCGUAGAGUAAUUAUGCACAUAAUUCGUACCAUUAUUAUGUAACGAGAAACCUUCAACUUCACGUCUCCUAACAGCCUCCAACAGAGCCAAGUUUUUAUCGAGACCGUUCAAGGUCAUUGUCGGAGCUCGCACUGCGGCAGUCAGUGUGAGGUUUUUUGAGCGAAGACCGCGCCGCGACGGUGAAUGAAACUCGGUGAAUACCGGAGAACGGUCUCUGGAAGGAGCGCGACAAUUAAACCGAUUUGUCAUCGCAAAAUCCCACUAGAUUGAGUCAAGGCUUGUUCAUAACAACAACAGCUAUGGAAAGCUUUAUCACUGAGACGCACUCAGAGUAUAGCGCGUGUGUUACUAGAUCCGCAGAGCGCAUACGGCAAGAGUGUAAGUUAUGUGAUGUGACGCUGGUAGUGGAAGGCAAAGAGUUCCCGGCUCAUCGCAUUGUACUGGCUGCUAGUUCCAAGUACUUUUAUGGUCUUUUUACCAGUGAAAUGAUAGAGAAAAACGCACCGAGCGUGAAGCUUCAAGAGCUUAGAGCUUCCGUUAUGAACCAUAUUCUGACUUAUUUGUACACUGGAGAAAUUACAGUCACGGAGUUGAACGCAGAAGAUUUGAUAGCCUCUGCCAAUUAUCUACUGAUUCCAAGACUGAAGGGAAUUGCUUGCAAGUACUUAGAACGUCACAUGACCUCCUCGAAUUGCAUUUAUUUUUAUAAAUUCGGGGAGAAGUAUGAAUGCAAGGAUCUAAAGUUCUAUGCCAGUCAGCUGAUCAAGAAGAAUUUUGCCGCGGUUGGCCGCUCCAAGGACUUUAUGCGCCUGGGGGCCAAGCAAAUCGAAGACUUGAUCGCGAGUGAGGAUUUAGUGAUUGGGAACGAAGAAGAAGUGUUCGAGACUGUUGUGGAGUGGAUCAAGUACGACCCCGAGAAAAGAGAGGAUUAUUUCGCGGACUUAUUUCGCCACAUCCGUCUGACCUCUAUCACUGUCAGCUAUCUCUUUGCGACCUUAGUACCCAAUCCCCUGGUGAAGUCCAACCCAGAAUGCAUGGCGAAAAUCCUUGAAGCCAUCAAGCAGCAGCACACUGCUGAUGCACCGCUCCUGGCACAGCGACCCCGUAAAUGCCUGGAGCACCAUCUUGAUGCCUUGCUGACCUGCGGGGGCCUGGGACCAGACGGCUCCGUCCGAGACCUUACGUAUUGCUACAUCCCGAGCGAGGGGUCCUGGUACGAGUUGUCACGAAUGACAGUCAAGCGGUGCCGGCACGGGUUGAGCGCGAGUUGUGGUUUUAUCUACGCGAUUGGUGGAAAAGACGAGUGUUUCCAUCAAAGCGUAGAGCGUUUUGACCCGAAGACCAAUACGUGGUCGCUUGUAGCACCGAUGAAGCGCCGAGUCAAACUCGUCGGCACGACGUCCCUCAACGGUAAUCUAUACGUGAUCGGUGGGAUCGAGUUUGGCUCGGAGAGCUCUCGGCGGCGCUGCGACACCGUCCAAAAGUACGAUCCCACCACAAACGUGUGGUCGCUUGUUGCGCCAAUCAGCUCCCGUCGUUCCAGUGUCUGCGCGGUCAGCGAUAACCGCUAUGUGUACUCUAUCGGGGGCUUGGGCGAUAAUGAUUUUCAAGAUGUCUUGGAGCGUUAUGACCCUAAGUUAAACACGUGGACAAAGCUCGCACCGAUGACUGAAAAGCGCGGGUGUGCCUGUGGUGCCCAUUUUGGCGGGAAAAUCUACGUGUUCGGCGGGACUGUAGACGCGUUUUCCCGGCAGGCAAUGCGCUCGUGCGAGGUGUACGACAUAGCGGUGGAUCAGUGGCAUGAGAUCGCGCCCAUGCGUGUCCCAAGAUACCACGCGGGUGCCUCGCUGUUGCGUGACCGUAUCUACGUGCUCGGUGGGACUGGGAGUGAUAGCCUCGACUCUGAGAUGAGGCAAAUGGUGGAGUGCUAUAAUGUGGAGAAAAAUAAAUGGAUGCGCGAACACCACAUGCCCUACGAGGAAACCUACAUGCGCAGUUCGUCUGUCAGUUUAUACAAGGGAUUCGUGCGUACGCUACAGAAGGUCACGCAAGACAAAGAUUGAGGUCACGAUUACGUGUCACGCAACGCGAGGAGUGACGUCAGCGUUGCAUUACAUGGACUGUCACACAACACAAAGACUGAUGAACCCAACAUAAAGAUCGAAAAAGUAACUGGUGUCCGCAAUACAUCGAUGUCACACAACAUGACUAUAGAUAAAAAUGACGGCAUGCAACACAAAGAAUGACAUGGGGUUACGUGUAAGGUGUGGCCAUUUCACACAACACGAAGACGUGCUACAAAAGAUAGAUGGACAGCACUUGUCACGCAGUAUAGAUGGACAACAUUUGUCACGCAAUAUAGAUGGACAACACUUGUCAUGCAAGAUAGAUGGACAACACUUGUCACGCAAGAUAGAUGGACAACACUUGUCACGCAAGACAGAUGGACAACAUUUGUCACGCAGUAUAGAUGGACAACACUUGUCACGCAAGAUAGAUGGACAACACUUGUCACGCAAGACAUAUGGACAACACUUGUCACGCAAGAAAGAUGGACAACACUUGUCACGCAAGAUAGAUGGACAACACUUGUCACGCAAGAUAAAUGGAAAACACUUGUCACGCAAGAUAGACGGACAACACCUGUCACGCAAGUCAAAAAUUGACUUUAAUUUGAAUAUCUCAUUGUUUCCUAAAUUUGGAUCAAGAUAAUGUUACUAGAGAAAAUUUAUAAUUUAUAUUUUAGAUUGAGCUGUGCGACAAGAAGCACAAUGAUAAAUUUAUAAGUUGCAAAUGCAAAUGAAAAUCUCGAUUAAUUUAAUUUAGUUAUAGUGCUUCUCUUUGAAGUAAAUCCUGUGCGAAUAGGCCGCCGUAGCUUUUAGUAGCAUUUCGGAUCGCUUUCAACAGACCAAUCCGAAUACUAAUCAGAAAUGCACAUGCGUGCUCGUGCGAUAACAAUCCCUGGGGGGGGGAGGGGUUAAUAUGUUUAGUUAUUUUACUGCUGUCAGAUAAAUUCUUCUUUAAAAUUUGUCUAUAAUAAUUUGACAAUUGAUUGUUAUAAUUUAUAAUAUCUGAGAGUUCCUUACUGACGAUACCAUUUGCUCUGAUACUAUUUUCUGGGCAUUUGGCGAACACUUGUUUUUAAGCAAUUAGGAAAUCUUGCAGGAAAUUGAUCUGUCGUUAUUCAAUUCUAGUUUUGUCACGGAGUUUUCGACAUUAUCUGAAACUUUUGUAGAUACUCAUCCUUAUUGUUUGAAAUAAAUGGUUAUCUUGAGAAAUAAAA